AUGGUUGGAGUUGUUCAUGAGGAAUUUGGUAUUCUUGAAGGUUUAAUGACAAUUGUUCAUACAACUACAGAUUGGGCGAAAAAAGGUCUAGUUGAAGCAACAAAGAGAAGCUGGUUCUCAAUGAAGCUUAUUAACAUUCAUGUAUUUUCUCAAUAUAUGUACGCUCUUCAGUGUUUCUGGCUUCUACAUGAUUAUGAUACCUGCAUUGCAAAAAAUGAAGAAGCUAUUCAAAUUGAUCCUCACUUUGCUGAGUAUUAUGAAAACAUGGCAAAUGCUUGGAAGGAGAAGGGCAACAUUGAUGUUGCAAUCCGCUACUAUUUAAUUGCUAUCAAGGUUGAUGCACACAUUAAUCUUGGGAAUUUGAUGAAAGCUCAAGGAUUAGUUCAAGAGGGAAUUCCUGAACAGGCAGAUGUUCCACCAGUUGCCCAAGUUCCUGCUCAAGCAGCAGCAAACUCCCCAGCAAUCAUUCCUCCAGUGCAAGCAUCACAACCUGCUACUGCACCUGAUGUUGUCCCUAAUGCAAAUCCACUGGAUCUCUUCUCACAGGGCCUACCAAAUGUGGGUGCAAAUGCUAGUGUUGGCAAUUUGGAUUUUCUUCGAAACAGUCAACAGUUCUAAGCAUUGUGAGCUAUGGUGCAAGGAAACCCUCAAAUUCAACAGCCUAUGCUUCAAGAGCUAGGGAAACAAAAUCCACAUCUUGUGCAUCUCAUACAAGAGCCUCAAGCUAACUUUUUGCACUUGAUAAAUGAACCUGUCGAGGGAGGAGAAGGCAAGAACGUUCUGAGCCUGAUGGCUUCAGCCAUGCCACAGGCUAUGACUGUAACUCCUGAGGAGCGGGCAGCCAUUGAAUGUGUAUGUUUCUAAUCUUUGUUUAACCUCUGUGUAGUCCCUCUCUUGUUUGUGCUUUUAUCCAAGAGCCAAGAUGGCUACUCAAGAACAUUUAUUGCAUUUUUUUUAUUCUUAAACAUAUAAUUUAGACAGUUGAAACCUUUACUGCACUGUUUUAUAGUUAAUUUUAUUAUAAUGUUUCAGUCAAUUCUAU